CGUUCCCGUCUCGCUGUGUGUAUGUGUAUUUUUCGUUUCGCGAAUUCGCAUAUCGAUCGCGUAUGAUCGGCUGCCGUUAUGGCCCUUCAUCAUCGGUACCGGCACCUCUGUUCGUCGUAAAGCUGCCCCCAUGGGGAGAGGGAAACUCCGAACUAACCGACAGCAUCCACCACCGCCGUUGUCGCUGCAUCAACAACGCACGGGGGGAUGCAGCUGGUACAGCAUAGGCAACAGCACCAACAACACCACCGGUCUGUUAGCGUUCGUUUCUCAGCACACUCAAAUGUCACCUAUGCCUCCGGUGCACGAGGAUAUGGAAAUGCGGCAAUGUAGUGAAAUCAAUAAACGCGAGCCUUGGAGGCGGAAAAGCGAAGCGGGCGCUAGUAGUGGCUGGCCGCACGGUCCUGCCAUUUCAAGGCUCGAACGUAUGGUUUCGUCGGUCGCGACGGUGGGUCUACUGUGGUUAACCAUUGGCUGCACGCUUGCGGUCGCAAGCUCCGUGCACGAUGGUCACUGCAAACAUCAACAUCCAAAGGCGCAUGAGGUGGUACAUGGAGUGCAGCUGGAACCGCUACAUGUGAUCCGGAAGCGUAGCAUCGAUCAACCACUUCGGAUACUGAUCGUGUACGAUGAAUCUGUCUACCGAUUGGACACUGACAAAUUUUCUCUGAUAAAUAACACCAUCCUGCCGGAAGCGGUACGAUUUUGGGAGCAAGCUCUGAUGGUGCGUCAGACAAAGGAAACCAUAAGACUGAAUCGGAAAUGUGAAAGCAGUCAGGUGUUUGUAAAGAACUCGAUGACGUACUGUAUCGAUUCCUGCAAGCAAGUUACGCUGUGCGGUGAAGUUCAAGUACCACCGGAUCAUCUUGAUGUGUGUCGGGUUUGCAAUUCCACCGGACAGGAUUGUCACGAAGAUGCAAAUACAACCGCCGGCCCAGGCAUUUCAAAUGCGGACUUUGUGUUUUACGUCUCCGCCCUACAAUCGGAACGUUGCCAUAAAGGGCUAACGGUUGCAUAUGCGGCACACUGUCAACAGGAGGCAGCCCUCGAUCGGCCCAUCGCCGGGCAUGCAAACCUUUGUCCGGAUAGCAUCAGCACCAAACCGCAGGAGCUGCAAACACUGUUGUCAACGGUCAAGCACGAGAUUCUGCACGCGCUCGGGUUUUCGGUGAGCUUGUACGCGUUCUUUCGUAACGAUGACGGGUCGCCACGAACGCCCCGAAAACCGGACACUGGAAAGCCUUAUCUGAAUGAAAAAUUCCAGAUCCACCAAUGGAGUGACGAUACCAUCCGCAAGGUGGUACGUACCGAUUGGGCCGUACGUGAUGGAACGAUUAACCGCACGAUCGACAUGUUCGUGACACCGCGCGUGGUGCAGGAAGUUCGCGAUCACUUCAGCUGCCAGAAGCUGGAGGGUGCCGAACUUGAGGAUCAGGGUGGCGAAGGGACAGCGUUAACGCACUGGGAGAAACGAGUGCUGGAAAACGAAGCAAUGACGGGCACGCACACACAGAGUUCGGCCUUUUCGCGGAUUACUUUGGCACUGAUGGAGGACUCGGGAUGGUACAAAGCUAACUACAGCAUGGCAUCGCCGUUAACGUGGGGCCGUGGUUUAGGUUGUAAUUUUGCCAUGCGUAGCUGCAAGGACUGGAUUACGUCCAACACAUUAAGAGGUCGCUCCAUACAUCCAUUCUGUGCAAAAGUAAAACGCGAUCCACUUCAAACGGAAUGUACCGACGAUCGAAGCUCGGUUGCGCUGUGCAAUCUGGUACGGCACACGGCACCACUACCACCUCAGUAUCAAAAUUUUGAUUCCUUGGCGCACGUUCCUGUAGGCGAGGAAGGAUACUAUGGUGGAUCCGUCUCGCUUGCCGAUCACUGCCCCUACAUACAAGAGUUUACCUGGCGUAGCAAAAAUGUGGUCGUCCGUGGAUCUCAAUGUCAGUUUGAAGAUAAUAAUCCGAAACCUGAGAAAAAUUUUGCCCUCGAAUCGUAUGGACCUACGUCCAAGUGCUUUGACCACAGUGAAAACAUGUGGGAGGAACGGUCGUGCCGGCAGACGCGCGAAUGGCAACACUGGGGCUCCGGUUGCUAUCAGUACCGCUGUCAGCAUGGUCGGCUGCAUAUACUGAUAGCGAACAAAUCCUACGAAUGUUACUUCGCUGGCCAAAAGCUAAAGGUGCAGCUGAUGGCGGAAGGUUGGCUGCAUCGCGGUGCCGUCGUUUGCCCUUCAUGCAAAGAGAUCUGCAAUGCCGAGUUCGAGCGGCGGGGGGAACGCUGUAAAAUUAGCGAAAGUGCGCCACCGGACAGUUACUAUCCCAGGGACGAGCUGAAAUGCAGUGGCGCCCAAACGCCACACGCAAAAGCAUUGCUUUCGAGUUUGAUACUUUUAUCGUUGGCCACAGCGGCCAGCACGAGUGUGCCACGGAUAUACAGCUAAU